UAUAUAAUCUUUGCUAGUUGAAACCCCACAUUAACUUUUGUCCAUUUUUCAAUCUACUGUUACCGUCGGUAUCUUGUAAAUUCCUCCAAAGGUUUAUAGCAAAUUCAAUCAAUCAGUCAAAUGACAAACGCCAGAACCAUCUCUAAUUUCUCCUAAUUGUUGUGGGACUCAUUGAUGACUGUGGCUGAAGAAUUAAUCAAUACUUCUUUAUUUGAGGCCUUAUUACUUCAAGAUUAUAGGCAUUACUGAAAUUUACUUAUUACAUGCUGCUGACGAGUUGCCAGCCAAUAUGCUAUAAAGUUGAGUAAAGAUACUGUAAUUUUUUCAUUUGCUAAGUCCGAGCCAGUGUUUAUAAGAUUCAGAAUUUGACGUAAGGGAGAAAAUCUCACAACCCUUUCGUGGUGAGUAAAAUACAAUGAGUGAUAAAAUCGUGUGGUUUUUUGCUUGAUACAUUACGAUUGCUUGUUACCUGAACAUGGAUUUUUAUUUGUCUAUGUUAUGUCAUGUUGAAUUGCCUUUCUUUUUGUGUGAAUGACAUCAUAACUUAUGUGACUCUGUCGGUGGGUACUUUGUGGUUCUUCCUAGUCACUUUUAAAUUGCACGUCAGGUUGGAAAGGGGGAGUGAGAACCAGUUUUGCAUUAUCGUGUCCAUUUAUAGCAGAUUGUUUUGGGGAAUUUUAACUGUUCCAUGGUGCACCUAUAUAUCUGGGAGUUACUGCAUGACUUCUCCUUUAAGAUCAAGGUAAGUCUGUCUAAAAGUAAAUGCAUGGCCAUUUUUUACAGUGCGUGGAGUGUGAUGAAGAAAUAUGGUAGAUGUGAGUGACCAGGUAACAAAAUAUUUGCUGAAGUCUUUUAAAACAUUUGAUCAUUUUUGUUUGAAAAGCUUCAUAUGAUCUUAGAGGAUAUCAUCAGAGAUAUAAUUUGUAGAACAUGAAAUGACGUUUAGCAGUAAAUAGGAACUUGUAAUUCAAAUUGCAGUCAUGGUUCUGUUUCCGAAUUGUAAAGCCUGGUAAAAAAGGUAGCUUGAACACAACAUGGUGCUUGAUUAGUGUGAUGGAGCGACAAGGUGUUUGGAGUUACUUUCAACUUCGUUCCUGCCUUUCCAAUAGGUCUUGGAACUGUGUAAUCCUCUUUUUCGACAUUGGAUUUUUAAAAACAUUUUAUGGUUUUGGCCUUGGCCUUUUUCAGACAUCUUCUCAAUUAAACAUAGACAGCCUUUCUUUCUUUAUGGUCAAAAGGUGAUUAGCCAGAGGUAUAUAGGGCAUUAAGAAUUUCCAGGACUUUCCUGGUCAAUAGAUUCGCAAAUAUAAGAGUCUUUGAUCUGCAAAAGAGGGGAAAGGUGAAUUUUUAGGGUGGGGAUGGGACAUGUAAAUGGGGCUAGUCACAUGUUGUAGCUAUUUGGAAGUAGUUAUGAAUGGUUUGAUGAUUUUUUUAAGAAGUUUUUUCUGCUGGUAAUUGCCGAAUUGUAGUGAUUGAUAGCGUGUUUCUUCCUUCCCUUGCUUGUUAAUUCGUACCCUUGACGCAGAUAACUUGACACUCUUAGCUUAUAUUUAACUUGAAUGAAUUAAUCUCUCCCUGCAUGCGAGAGCACACACAAACAAUCAGCAAAUGGUCUUGUGGAGCAUUUCAUUUUUCUCUUUUUGUAGGUGUUGGGUGGCAUGCUUUUUGGGAUACUUUAACAGUUUUUUUCUUCCAGGAUGGUUUUCUUGUGUUAGAUUUGUCUGGUUGAACGUGAAUGCAGAUAUAAUUUUUUGCUGUCAUUUUAUAAAUUAAAGUCCCUUUGAUUUAUUUUCUUUGCAACUUAGUGGAAUGACUAGUAUUCUAAUGAUUUCAAUUAUAGUAACAUAUCACAUUGCACAUAGAUGGCGAGUAGAAAACGAAGCUUGUCAAAAGAUGAUGCAGAUUUGUCUGCUUUGUACAAGGAAUGGGAUGAAGCUUCAUGCCCCAUAUGCAUGGACCACCCACACAAUGCUGUUCUUCUCAUUUGCAGUUCCCAUGAUAAGGGAUGUCGAUCAUACAUAUGUGACACUAGUUAUAGGCAUUCAAAUUGCUUGGACCGAUUCAGAAAGCUUGGAGAAGAAAACAAGGAAAGCUUGGACUCAAGAACUGCAGGUGACUUGACUGGGGAGGAUACAAAUCACAUUCAGACCAUAAGUAACACUGCAGCAACCAUGGGUCUGCCUGGUGGAUCUGGAAGCACCCAAGAUGAAAAUUCUAACUUUGAAGAACAAGAAGGAACAUUAUGGGGAAUGCUUGAGCUUGAACGUGGGGAAACUAAUAUGGAGAAAUCAGAACCUAUAUCAAAUUUGAGUUGCCCUUUGUGUCGUGGGAGUGUUUUGGACUGGAAAGUUGUUGAAGAGGCCAGAAAGUACCUCAACCUGAAGUCUCGAAGUUGCUCUCAUGAAUCUUGCUCGUUUCUUGGUAACUAUAGGGAGCUACGUCGGCAUGCUAGAAGAAUUCAUCCAACCGUUCGUCCUGCAGAUGUUGACCCAUCAAGACAACAAGCCUGGCGACACCUUGAAGACCAAAGAGAAUACAGUGAUAUUGUUAGUGCCAUUCACUCAGCCAUGCCAGGUGCAGUAGUAUUCGGCGACUAUGUAAUUGAGAAUGGAGAUAGGUCAUUGGGUGAAAGGGAAAGAGGUGGAGGUGAAGGUGGCCGGUGGUUAAGCACCUUCUUUUUGUUUCAGAUGAUUAGCUCAAUGGAAUCAGGAGGGGAGCUAAGGGGUGGCAGGUCAAGAGCUUUGGCAAGGCAUAGGCGCCCAACCGGAACCUUUUCUAGGCGCCGUUAUUUGUGGGGUGAGAAUUUAUUGGGCCUUCAAGAUGACGAUGAAGAUGAUGAAGACGAGGAUGGUGAUGAUGAGCUGGACCAGAACAUAUUAAGCAAUAUUGAUGAAGAUGUUCCUCCAAACCCCAGAAGACGUCGACGGCUGACACGUGCUCGAUCAGAUGAAGAUCAACCAUAGUUUACUGGCAGAAGGAUUUGGUUCCCUCUUGACAAGGAGGAUUCUAGACGAGCAAGGAAUGAAGUUUCAGAAACUCAAUCAACUCAGGGACAUAAUAUGAUGGAUUGGGGAGAAUGGAAUGACAUUCUAGAAUUUGUUUGCAGGUUGUUCCUUCAAUAGGAAUAGGGUGAAAAUAAUUGCUGCUGGUUUGUUUAGUUUCUGUGGCUUAACCCCAGAAAUAUGUAAAUGUUUUAUCUUCUGUUGGAUAUAAUGUCCGAUCAUUGUUGAACCUUGUUAAAUACUUUGUAUUCCGUUCACAUGAUAUUUUCAGUAUUCAAUACUAAGCGUCUUUCAUUUUGAUCCAA